CGCAGUGUGAGAGCAUCAUUCAGCCGGCGAGGACGUUAAGACUGAAAAUUUUCUAAGGGGCCUGAUAGUGGCUGGUUUAUCAAAAUACUUUCUUUGGAGAUUAUUAAAAUUCCGUAAUUAUUGAACAAUUAAUUAUCUUUUGUGGAGCGUCUAUUUAUUUUAUAAAUAUUUAUAUUUUUUUUUCUUAUAUUGCGUUUUAUAUUUAUUUGUUGGAGUUGUGUCCUAAAAACGCGACAACGUUAAUGUUGUAGGAAUUAUCGACAAUCUUUAUAAUGAUUACGUUUUUCGACCCUUGAUUGAUGACUUGUUUCUGAAUAGACUUUUAAAAAUUCAAAAGUUAUUUUUACUAUGCUUUUCGUAAUAUAUAAUAUACAUAGAGAUUAAUAUCGGUGACAGUACACAUGUCCAAGACUUGCAUUAAAAAAUAUUUAUUAAAUAAAAUGCAAUUGAAAUUAAAUUUAAUCGCUGCUGCAUGUGGUGAUAACCUCGGGAUUGGAAUGAAUGGACGUUUACCAUGGAAACUUAAAAGCGAAAUGGCAUAUUUUACAGAAAUGACAACUAAAACUAAAGAAAGUAAUAAAAAAAAUGUUGUCAUAAUGGGACGAGUAACGUGGGAAUGUAUACCAAAAAAGUUUAGACCACUGCAAAAUCGAGUAAAUGUUGUAUUAUCACGUCAAAAAUUAGAUCUUCGAAAUGAAGCGAUUGCGUGUGAAAGUUUAUCACAAGUAUUGGAUACAAUUGCUCAACCAAAUCUCAUUGAAAUUGUUGAAAAUAUUUGGGUGAUUGGUGGUAAUGCUGUUUACAAAUCAGCCAUGGAGCAUCCUAAUUGUUCUCGUAUAUAUUUAACUUACAUUCAAAAAAAUUUUGAGUGUGAUACGUUUUUUCCGCCCAUACCGAACAACUUUAUUGAAAUUGAUGAUCCUAAUGUUCCAAAAGGUGUUCAAGAAGAGAAUGGAGUUCAGUUUAACUACAAAGUUUAUGAGAGAAUAUAAAUAAAUAGAACAUUGUAUUUUAUAAAUAAUGAUGCAGAGCUAAUAUGUUUUGUUAUCUU